CGCGACUCCUCCUCCACCUUACUGUCAGUAGCAACGUUCUGGUAUAGUGCUUUGUGCUACCAAAUACUGUAUCAGAUUCUUUUGUAAGUCUUACGAAGAGCCAACAAAGGGGUUGGCUCAUUAUACCCGGUGCUGCCAAUAAAUUGUUGCUCGGCAAUGUAUAGGGCUGCUGGUUGCAAUUAGCCAAGUUAUCGUUCAAUUUGAGAGGGGUUACAUUUGACAGCUCGGCGCCUGGGACAGGGAGCUCGCGCUCUGCGUCUCUGCCUUGCCCAUCAUGGCGACCCAAGAAGCGGACAUGUCGCGGCGCAGUAUGAGGCUGGUUUUAGGGGGAUACUACCACCAAUCCUCAGAUGAUGACGAGUCCUCCUCCGUUUCCUACAGGGAGAGCCCUGUGAGGGUUUUUACUAAGAGGAAGACGGGUGGUCGUAAAGUGGCAGCCUCUCGUACCUCCAGCCGGGCCAACAGCGUGGCUAGCACCACUAGCAGCAAGACUAGUACAGUGGAGCCACCCAUCAAUGCUGAGGACUACAUUGGGGUCUUAAGCUUGGGUCAGAGGAGGAAGACCUUCCAGGAACCUCCAGCCCCAGCCCCGGCCCCGGCCCCCAGCCUGAAGCUGGCUCCCAGCCCCAGGGGCUUCUCAUCCUGCCAGACUGGCCUGAACCAGGCCCAGAGCCAAAGCGCCGUAGACAGCUCUGGUUACUCCUCUUCAGAGGCAAGACGUUACAGAGGAUACUCUGGAGACUCCUCCUUAGGCAAACAAAGGGUUAGCGCCAACCAGAGCUCUGGCAGCAACAGGACAAGCGCCAGUGCCAGCCGGACCCCUCCGUUUCUCCCGGCCGAUGUGAGGAAGGCCGUUCUAAUUGCCAUCCUCCUCAUCCUGUUGACCUUCGGCUGCUGGCACCUUGCCCCCUUGGUAUGGGCCUCCCUGACUCCAGCCCUGAAUGUUAUGACUAUGACCCAGAACCGACCCGUCAUCACCCCGACUCCACCACCUGUCUUCACUCCGCCUCCCAAGGCUAUGGAUGGAGCUUCGGUAUUUAAUUCUGCUCUGGAAGCUAAGAUGAACACCAUCCUGAGAGAAAUAGAAAUUCUUAAGAAGAAGGAACACCAGCAGAAAUUUGUGACCGAGAUGGUAGAGAGACUGCAGACAGACUUGGCAGAUGUUAGGACGGACGUGAGGGACGUGAGAGUGAGAGUGGACAGUGUGAAUCCGCUGGAUUGGGAGCAUCGUUUGAGCCAGCAGACAGCCGGCUUCACCAGUCAGGUGGGCGAGCUGAAGGACCAACACACACACGUCAGGCAGAGAGUCGCUUCCCUGGAGGACCAGAGUGCCACGCUGGGGCAGCAGGUCUCCUCUAUUCAGAACCAGCUUCCUCCAGCUCCCAACCCCACCACAGCCAACACACACCUGACCUAUGAGCUCAAAGAGACCAUGGCCAAAUGGCUGCGUGAGAAUGUGCCCCAGAACGAGCCACGGAUGGUGAAAGAGGUUGUGAAGGACUGCAGUCCCCUAUUGGCCGACAGGAUGCCGGACUUUGCCUUAGAGUCCCAAGGUGCCAGCGUUGUGAGCACACGGUGUUCUGAGACUUACCGUACCCGCUCGGCAUGCGUGUCCUUCCUGGGUGUACCCCUCUGGUACCCCUCUGAGAGCCCCCGCACCGUUAUCCAGGGCCAGGCGGUGCAGGCUGGGAAGUGCUGGGCGUUCCACGGAGCGCAGGGCACCCUGGUCAUCGCCCUGUCUCAUCCUGCCCACAUCACCCACGUCACCCUGGAGCACCUGCCCGUCUCCAACGCCCCCACCGGACGCAUCGACAGUGCGCCCAAGGCCUUCUCUGUCUAUGGUAUGUCCACUGAAACAGAAGAUGGCAUCUGGCUGGGAACCUUCACUUAUGAUCAGCACGGAGAGCCAAUCCAGACCUUCCAACUGCCUAACCCUACCAGGGCUGGCUAUUAUUACGUGGAGCUGCGCAUUCUGAGUAACUGGGGUCACCUGGAGUACACGUGCGUGUACCGCUUCCGUGUGCACGGACACAUGGCCGCCUCUUCCAAGUGAGAGGGGUUCACCGUCCACCCCAACCGCAGACCUCAGAGGCUUCGCUUUCAUAUCGGAGCAAUUUUUUUUGGUUGCAUCUCAACAUUAUGACGGACCAUUCUAAAUAAAUCCCUCUAUUUGGCAUAAUCCGGGUGGUUUCCUAAACUGGCUUCUGCUUGGUGUGAGGUCAGAGGUUAGUAGGGUUAAAGUUACAAUUUGCAGUUUCAUUUCUGGAAGAGGUAUUGACCUGGCUAAUAGGAGUGAGGGGAUGUGCUUUUGAGAGCUACAAAUUGAACUGUUUGUGUGCGUGUGUACGCUUUUGAGCAUAGAUUAUUUGUUUGCAUUUUAACCCCCGGCCACAGCGGACAAAUAUUUCAGAUUGUACUUUGAAUGUGUGUGUAUGACAAUCCUUCCUGUGUUACUGGGCUCUUAUUCAGUUAUUUAGUUUUAUUUGAUCUGUAUCUUACAAUUAUUAAAAAAAUUAUACAAAGGUUUAAUUAUGUUUUAAAAAGAACGUUGUUGGAUGUAUAUUUUGCAAGUAUCGAGAUGUAUUUUAUUAGGCCGAUAAGAAUUGGAUGUAAUAUGCUUGUAAAUGUAUUAUUUUCUGUUGGUCUGAAUGGUUAAAAGUCUUGACGCACCUUGUCAAUAGGCUUCCUAUUACAGGAUGUACUAUAUGAUUGUAGAUGCUUGCUACUUUGCAUUUGGUAAUGCACUGUUGUUUCAAUUUCCUUAUAAUAAUACCAACUACAGAGAAAUAGACAAGUACACACUGAGGGUGGAACGUAUUGUCUGAACAAAAAAAUACAGCUAAGUUUACAUGGCUUGCAGCAUUUAUUUUCGUUUUAUUUUAAGUCAUAAUUCUUUUCAAAUGUGGUAUUCUUACCAAUUUUGAUCAGUUUAAUAGUAGUGUGCGCACGUUUAGCAUUUUUCCAGAUGCAAGGUACAAAUCAUAGAAAAUAAAUACAUAAUUUUUCUCUACCAAUUUUACUGCAAUACUUGAAUAACUCUUUCACCUCAAAGCAAUGAAUCCAUUGCAAUGAUGUCUAAAUAUCAGGCUUUUCUACUUCUAAAGAUUUGUAAAUAGUAAAAAAAGUUUGAAAAAAUCAGGAACAUUUUAUUCAUGUUUUUAAAUCAUUAUGUUUACAAUUACAGUAUUAUGUGCACCAUUUUAGUGGUAGCUACAGACUAACAAAAGACAAGAAGGACAUAUACAGAAUGAUUAGCUCUCAAAAGCAUUUUUUGAGGUAUUUUGUUUUUAUCUGAUGUUACGGCAGUGAAACAUCGUACUUAACUCUGGGUCAAUUUUAAGUUUGUCCAAAUACAACAGAAUAUAAGUAAAGAAUUUAUCCAUAGGAAUGCAGUUCAAUACCUGUGUAUGACAUGUACUCUGAAAUUGCACUUCAAUUAUUUUGGGUUACUUUUCUGCAACAAUGCUCUUUGACAGAGCGGCAUUUUGACAGGUACAUGAUCAGAUGUUUAGAAUUGGGACAUACUUAACCAGGUGCGUGUUAUAUUGGCACGAAAUGGGAUAAAACAUUUUGAAACAGGGUGAGUGAAACAGGAAAGUAGUAUGUGAACUUGUUUAAGAAUUCUGAAUUGUUUUGUGUUGCAACAUUUUUGCUACAUUGUGCCCAACUGAAUACGGCACAGGUGAACAUAAUGCUCAUGAUAUUGGUUUGUAUUUAUUUAAUCAUGUGCAUAUCAAACAUAAAUGAAUUAAGAACAUUGUGUUAUUUAUUUGUUUUUCAAAUACUCAGUGGUCUAUAUAUGAUAUUGAUUUGCUAUUGAUCAGGUCAUUGAUAAUGCAUCGAUAUUGUACCAUGUAAAAUGACUGCACAAGUCUUCCCUUGGACUGUUAUAUCCAAGUCCAGGCACUCGUGUGGACUAUUAAAAUAUACCAACGCGUAUUGUCUUACUGCGUCUGAUACAAAAUGGAGGAGAUGCAAUUAUAUAGCCUUGACUCCCUUUUAAUCAGACACCCUGAUGAAGGCCUAAGCCAAUAUGCAUUAGUGUAUUUUAAUAAUGUUGUAGCCCAUUCAUUUUUUUAUGGGCUUUUAAUGAAAGGCUUUCUAACUUUCAAACCCACCAGGUGCCUUGACUUGGAUUGUUUAUGCCACUUAGCACCUAUUUGUGGUUAUCAUUUAUCCAUUAUGCUUUUCAAGUCCUAUUCCCCUCAAAGAGCACCUGUGGUUGUUUUGGAAUACCUGAAGCGCUUCUGCUACGUUUUCUUUCUUCUUCUCUUCGAGGUGUUAUAGACAUUGGAGUGACAAAUAAAACUUAACAACCGUG